AUGGAGUUUGCAUGCAGCCGACGGUUGGCUCCCCUGCUGGCUUUGUCUCUGCUUGGAUUUGUUGCCUUUACUUUCACGGCCCCAGCGCCAGCGAGGCGCAUGGUGGCCGUGAGUCGCUCUGCCGAUGGCGGUCGAGACUACACAGAAGACCUGAAUCAGCGAACCUUGGUGCUUGGCGUGAUCUUCUUGGUGGCCAACAUCUAUGCUUUCUCUCCGAUGGUUCCUCCGGAGGCACGCAGACUGAAGGUGUGCAUUUACGAUAAGGAGUACGAGCGCAAGUUCCUUUCGGACCCAACCAGGAACACCCAAGGCCUCUCAGCGCUGCAGGACGAAGAUUGCCUGCCUCUGGGAGAAGUCUUGCAGAAGUGGCUGCCGCAGCCCCGACGCUGA